CUCUCAAUGUUACUCAUUAAUAGUACAUUCAAGUGUAACAGGGGGCUGACAUAAAAACUGCUUCACGCGCUUCAAAAGAUGAAAAAGUGAAAAUCCAUUGGCAUUUUUAUUAAAAAAAAAAUAAGUGAGACAAGCGCGCGCGGGGCCAUACAUUCGUCGCUAGCAGCGUGGCGUACAAAUUAUGCUAAACAGCAUCAACGCUGCCUUCAAAUAUGCAGAAAAUGAAUCCAACAACGCCAGCGCCAGCAGGAGCAUCGCUAGCGACAACAGCACUAGAUAGCGUCGCGACAAUUUCAAGUGCGACGCCAGCUACAGCAUCCGGAUCCAAUCUAAGGAGCAAGAGCGGCGAGCGUGGCAACUCCAGUGGUCCAGCGUACGCCGCCUCAAAGCAGCAGCAGCAGCAACAGCAACAACAGGAAGAAACAACAUCGAGCUGCAAGCAACAGGAACUGCAGCAUGAGCAACCGAUUGCCAUACAUUAUCUGGCCAGCUUCCAUGAGAUCUGCGUGGUGACGGCCCUGUUGCCAUUAGUAACGCUCUUUACAUGCUUUGUGACCGCCUACAUAUUCCAGUACGACGAUGUACACGAGACACAUUGCCGGGUUUACAAUAUAGUACCCUCGAUAAGUGCAAUUACUGGUGUUAGUCCGCAGCGUUAUUUCUGGCGGGCCAGCAUUGCGCUGCACAUCGGGCCGCGCAUACCCAUUGCCUUUGUCUACAAGAACUAUUAUCGCGCCCAGCUGGCGCGGCUUGCCCCGUCGCUGGUGCCAAAGACAAGCUGGUUAAUCUCAUUCAUUUUGGUGCUUAACUGCAUUGAGAUUGCGGCGUUGGGUGGAGUGACCUAUAUAUCGAAUCGCGAGAAUUAUCCCGUUCAUGAGAAGAUCUUUAUCACAUUUAUGGUUUGCUCGCUGUGCUAUAUGCUGGCUACCAUUCACCUGAAUGGUAUAUUGAAUGCACGCAAAACUCUAAACGCACAACAGAUUCAGUCCAUCAAAUGGAAGAAAAUACUCUUUGUUGUCUCCAUACUGAGCACCAUUGGUCUCUUGGUCUUCUUUGCCAAACAUCGUUUCUAUUGCCAUGAUUUGGCAUUCAGUUGGUUUGCAUUCUUUGAAUAUUUAAUUGCCAUUGCCAAUAUGCUGUUCCAUUUUACCAUUAUCUGGGACUUUCCAUCACAGUUCAUGCUGAUUGUGCAGGGACCGCGUGAGAAUCUGACGCAGUAUUUGGCCGCUAAGCCUAAAAUCAACUAGGCCCAUACCUUUUUAAUUUACACACACACUAACACAGGCACAUAAUUAAUAAUUCCAUACAUAUAUAGAAUGUAUUGCACCUAUAUAGAAUGCCACUCUGACGAAACGUACAACCCAAUUGAACUUCAUUUCUUGUGUCAUUAAUUCAAAACUAGCGCUUCCAUAACCAAAUGAAAUCAAUAUGAAAAUGUAAUAUUUUAUAUUGUUUCUAAAAGUUCCAAUUUGUCAGUUAAUUAAACCCGAUUAACGAUUAAUACGGCAUUAUGUUAACUAUACGUACAAAAUCCAAAAGUUCCACUUUUCACCAUAAGUAAAUUAAUUAACAUGUUGUAUUGAACAGUAUUGUGCGGCAUAAAUCAACCGACUUCUUUAAGAAAUACUUUAUCGAAUUCCACAAAAAACGUCAUCCAAACAAAGCAUGUGAACCUGUAGGCUGCUCAUCUGUUUAAAGAUCUUUCAUACAAAAAGUCUAUAUCUGUUAUUAAAUAGUUUUUGCAUAAGUCUAAUACAUGCAUAGAUGUGCAGCUUAGGGACAUAUGUAUCAACUAAUUAUAGAUCAAUUUCGUAAACAAGUUAUGCUGUUCAUCUUUUGAACAAGUUUCAUUUUAUAUAAAUAUAUAUUGUCCAUCAUAUUUGUUUCAAUACGUAAAUUCUAAGAUAGUAUACGAUAACGAAAUAUAUAUAAUUCUUAAAAUUGAAACAAGUUUGAUCUACUUAUUAACACAUACCAAAUUUGGUGUCUUUAGCUUUAAUAUUAAAGGGUUAACGAGCAAACCGAUUUGACGAAAUUAAAAUGUAUAGCUAAAUGCUGAAUAGAGUUCUUUUGCAACCCUUUGAACACAGGUAUUCAAACCGUUUUGCCCUAAUAGAUAAAUUUAUAUUGGUCUAGAUGAAAAUUCAAGUCAAAAUGUUAUUUAUUUUUAAUUUGUUUUAUUUUAUUUUCAUGUUUUAAUUGUGCUCAAUACAGAAAUAUAAAGUGUAUGUUCCCAUUUUUAGUCAAAAUAAUGUGUACCUUUGUGGUGUAUAUACUUCUGUAUGCCUACGGAUAUAUGUAUAUGUACGUCAGUUAACUAAGGUAUUUUAUUCGAAAUUAACUAGUAGUUUCCAUAUAACGCAUCAAUUUUGGCCGUUGCUGUUCUUUGAUGAUCUCAUGUCAAUUGUCAUGGAAAGCGUAACUCGUUUUCUCAAGCAUAGGUUUAAAAACAAUAUUUGGAACUACAGUCUAUAUCUAUAUAAGUAUAUAUAUACACACAUGUACAUCAAUACAUAACACGUUAGCGGUACAUAUCGUUUAUACAUUCGAAAUAUUAAAAAAAAAAAUAAACAAUGUUGUAUUGGCGAGCCUAUGGUUUAUGUAGCGCUCUCCGACUCAGCAGUGUUAACACUGGAGUAUUACACAAUUAUUCUAAAACCAGAAGAAAAACAAAAAACAAUUCAGACAAUAGCCAUUUAAGCUGAGACAAGCAACAACGAACAUCAUUAAAGAAAUUACGAAAACAAAAAAAAACUAAUAUUAAUUGCAUAAGCCACAAUUAGCUGCUGCUGCAUAUAAACCGUGUCAACAACUAACGAAAUCUGGUAAACAAAUAGAAAACAUUGAACAAUUGUAUUUAGAAAAUGACACUUAACAAGCACAACAACAACAAUAGCGUUGAAAUUAAAGAUACAUAUAUGAGAUGAUGCUUUGGGAAUUUUCAAAUAUUUGUGUUGUUAGCAAUUGAUUUGAUUUUGACUUCUGUAUUUUUGAAUAACAAUAUCUAACCAAAUUAUUAACGAUUAGGGUUAUACAAUGUAUAUUUUAUAGGUGCAUUUUUUUUUUUUCUUCAAAUAUUUAGCUGAAUAUUGAAUCGAAAGUUCAAAUUGAAUAUAACGUAAUAACUUUGUACUAUACACAGCAAGGAAUAUUUUUAUUGAAAUUAAUGUAGAAAUGUGCGUUUUCACCGGGAGAGGUGAAAAAUGCAAGUAAGGCAUUCAGAAAAUAUAAAUCUUGUUUAUGUAUUUCCUAUUGUUAAAGUAAGCAAACAAUUGUUAUUAUGCAACACAACAGAAACGACACAAAAGAAAAAUGAAGAAAUACAAUGAAAAUUAAAAAAUCAGCAUCCUGUAAUUAACUCUAAUUUGAAAGCCUAUAUAUUGGUAGUAUUGUUGUCAACUUGCGAACGAACGAACAUAUAUAUAUAUAUACAUAUAUAUUUCUCCAUGCGACAUUUUUAUAAAUGUUGAAAACUUGCCAUCAAUUAAUAUAUGUUUUCCAUUUUGUUGUACCUUAUCAACUUGUCAUUCGAGUGCCUCUCAUCUGUUCCAACUGCUAUAUAGAUAUGUUUUAUGAUAUUACGAAACAAACGAUAAUAUGUACUUGAUACUUUUUAGAGUGCAACUUUUUACCUUUGCAUAACUUUUUAGGCAACACAACGUAAGUAAUUUAAGUCCGAAUAUAUUUCAACAAAAAUUGUAAAACUUUGUAGCUUCCUAAUUUGAAUAAAGAUUAAUACAUAUAAAUAUCAA